AGCGGGAGGGCUCCUUGGAUGCCGAAGCCUCCUCCUGGAAGGAGGGAGGAGGCUCUCUUCUCCCUGGAAGGGGCUGAGGAGGGAGGGCCGGGUCUCCCGCGGGGUUUUCAUCCACCCUGCCGAGGCACGUCUCCUCCCGUUUGUUACGGGGCGUGUCGGCUGGGUGUCGACGCCGGCGGCUGCCCCGUCCUCCCGCGGCGCCUCGGGCAGUGCCGAGGCGUUUGGCGUCCCUGCGGUCAUUUUGGAAGCCGGAUUAACUAGACGGGUUGGAGGGAUGGCAGAUUAUGGAAGUGCACGACAGCCUGAAGACUUAUUACCAUGUAGGAUUUGUGGAAGGACUUUUUCCCCAAAUGCAUUAAAAAAGCAUGUUCCCAUUUGUCAAAAAACUGCUGCUAAAAAAAGAAAAACGUUUGACUCCAGCAGACAAAGAGCAGAAGGAACUGAUAUUUCCACAGUAAAACCUCUGAAGCCACGGCCAGAACCUCCAAAGAAACCAUCAAACUGGAGACGAAAGCACGAGGAGCUCAUAGCAGCUAUAAGAGCAGCCAAAGGAGUAGAUCAGGUUCUUAAAGAAGGUGGAAAACUGCCCCCACCCCCACCUCCUACUUAUGAUCCUGAUUAUAUUCAAUGUCCAUACUGCCAGAGACGAUUUAAUGAAAAUGCAGCUGAUCGACACAUCAAUUUCUGCAAAGAACAGGCAGCACGUAUUGCUAAUAAAGGGAAAGCGGUUGCUGAAGUUAAAGGGAAGCCUCCUGCUCGAACACAGUACAAGACACCAACAGUAAAGAAAAUAUCUUCUGCAGGGAUAACACCGCCAGCCUUAUCACGUUUACCACAACCAAGUUCAUCUGCAAAUAAAACACUGUCUCCAAGUGGCCAAGUGGGAAACAAAAUCCAGAGUUCUUCUCCAGCUCAUAAAAACUUAAUGAAAGCGAGUCCACAAAUAGGGGGAUCCAUGAAACCACGGAUGGGAGCACCUACUAAUAUGACACGAAGCACCGGUCCGGGUAUGAUGGCAAACAAAAGAAAAGCAUUUGGUACUGAAACCUAUUCAAACAGAGCUAGAUACGACAGUGGAGACUGUUCAUCUUCUGUCAAUGGAGGAAAUUCAAAAAGCAGUGAGGGAAAUUCUCCUGGACAGUUACCAAAAUUCUGUUACGAAUGUGGUACCAAAUAUCCAAUUGAAUCUGCAAAAUUCUGCUGUGAAUGUGGAGUUCGAAGAAUGAUUUUGUGAAUACACCUAUAAUGCAGAAUGAAAGAUAGCUUUCUUGCUAAGGCUGUAUGAAAACUUGUGCUACACUUUCCCAUCGGGACUUGCGCUAAUAUUAUGGGGCAAUUAUUUUUGGUUGUGAAGUAAUAUAUAUAUAUAGAUAUAUAAAUACACUGUAUAUAAAUGGUAAGAUACCUAAAACUGUGCCAUUAAAGAUGGUUUUCUUGAGAUAUUGUUGGAGAAUAUUUAAUGGAGCAAAACUCAAGUACUAAGGAUUUUCAUAAUAUAUAUUUUAAUUUUCUUAUUGUUCAUUUAUAGCUUUAGCCCUGAAUUAUUUGGUCUAAAGAACGUGUUCCAGUAGAAAAUCUGUUAUACAUAGAAAUAUUGGUUGAUAUUCUUAUAAGUUAGGGUAUAGCUUGUUGGAUGACACUGUCAUAAAUUUUAUUAACAUUUGUAAUAAGUUUAAUGCAAAUUGAAAUGAUUAGUUUCUUCAAGUGUAUCAUUAUUAUAGUUAAUUAAUUGGCGUUUUUCUCUCUUUCUCCUUCCAAAAGGCUUUAAAAUGAUUUUAUGCAGAUAUUUCUCUAUGUGGAAGACUUCUCAUGUGUUUCAUGCAAAAAGAUUGAGUUGCUAAUAAAUUAAUUAAAUUAUCGCAUAUAAUUUAAUCAUGUUCUUAGGAUCCCAACAACUUCUUUUCCUUAAAAAAACAAGGUUGUGAUCAGAGUUUUAAAAGUUUGGCCAAUAUGGCCGAAGUUAAUUCCCCUCCUGAUUGUAACGUACCACCACCACCAAGAAAAAUCAUUGAAUAUUUUAUAAUUAUGGCACAAAUGAGUUUCAGAAAAAUGAUACCCCAAUCAUGAUUUUUCCUCUUCUUACUCUUUUGACUUGUCUUUACCAUUAUUUCUUACACAGUCCUCCAAAACUAAAACAAAAAAAAUUAGAUUACCUUAAACUCAGACUACAUUAGUAUUAAAUUGAUUUUUUUUAGUAAUAGCCUCUUUUUCUACAGCAACUGUUUUUUACCAGGAGAUGAAUCCUGUAACAUAUAGUUAGGCUUUUCAAAACAUUAAUCUGGUCUUUUUGUUUAAUACUGCUAUUUCUAAGUCUCUAACAUUUUAGGUUUAGUAACAAUUGAAGUGAAACACAGGACAGUUUGCAGUUUUUGACCUGACCAUGUAGGAUUGUUGCUUUAUUUUUAAAUGCUAUCUUCAUUCUAUUCAAAACCUACCUACUAUGAUGGAUGGCAAUUAAAAUUGUAUUUGAGCAAGAUCUGUCUCCAUUUUCCAGUAUAUUGGCCAAUGGCAAAUUGCAGUUUUUGAACUAUAAUAAUUAACAGGUUAACUGAUAUAGAAUUGUAUUUGUAGAUUUUAGAUUUUUCUUUAAGAAGCAUUCAUAAGUGUAGUACUCCAAUUUUGUACUGUUACCUAAUUUAUGUGUAUUAGUGAAAAUCAAUCUUUAGUAUCUUACUGUAGUUUGACAUUUUUGUUUUUGUUUUAAGACACACUGGUAUGGUGGGGCUUACAUUAAAAAAAUUCUGAAUGCACUGCAGCUCUGCCUUGGUCUAUUGAGACUAUGUGGAUACUGCUCUGCUUUGCUUAUUAACUAUUAAUGUAAUAUGCAUCCUCAUUCACCAAAGAACCCACAUAUUUGUUAUAUAAAAGUUUUCACAUAUUCCUGCAGGUGCUUUAUUACAUCUUCUUAUUGCAUCUGUUUGACAUGUUUAAUAUAAUGAAUCUGGUUUUCGUAACAAAGCAAUAGUCUGAUUUCUACUAAAUAGUUAUGUGAGCAUUAUUCUAUUAGUUAUGUUUUGUUUUCCUACAUGUUCUUCUGUAAAUGCUGGUUCUAUGUUACCAAGACUUUGUUAAUAAAGCUUUUAUUGCAUACAUAAUCUUUGCCUCUCCAUUGCUAGGAAAAGCUAAUGGUAAAUAGAGAUAUUAAGUGAGAUUUCCUAAAAAAUGAAAAUACUAAAACAUAACUGUAAAUCUAUAGAAAUCUUAGGAAUAGAAGUAAGGAAAGGUGUCCAAGGAAGAGUAUGCAGAAAAAACUCAGAUUGUAGGGAUGGUAUUGGGAAAUAUUAAGCUUAGAAUGAACUGAGUACUGAAAAGAACAAAAAAGGGCUUCUGGGUGA